AUGAAGAAGUAUUUCACCAAAGUAUCAAAAUCAAGUUCGGGCUAUCAUAGUCAACCAAAUUGGGAAGAAAACGUGAAUCAUUUAGUAGCACCAUUGCAAUUUUCUCAAGAGUUCGAUUUAAGUUCUUUAGAGGCUGAUCCAGGUGAAAGAACUCAGAUCUUGGACUUUCAUCCAAAUCAUCGUGAUGCUAUUAGAAGAGAUUAUCUUCAAAAACGUCCUUGUCAACCUCAAUUGAAAGUUUUUCCUCAAACGUUGAUUUCUGGAGAUAUGCGUCGUUUCAAUCGUGAUUGGUAUGUUGAAGUUCCUGAUUGGAAUUGGAACAAAAAGGAUAGUUUGGCAAAACAUAUUGGUGGGCCGAAUAGCAUCCAUAGUCAAUCAAAAAGAAAAUGUGAAGAUCUAAUGCGGCAACAACAAUCUAUUCAUGCUGCAUUUGAUAAGCAACUUAAUCAAGAUAAGCAUGGAUAUGAGAUUCGCUUAGCAACUUCAAUUCGUGUAGUGAGACUUCUUGUGAAACAAGGAUUGGCAUUUCGGGGUCAUGAUGAAUCUAAAGCAUUGCGUAACAGAGAAAUUGUGCUUGCUUGCAAGAUUGAAACAAUUAAGGGUAUCAUAAAGGAAUUAAAUGGUGACUAUUUUUCCUUAUUGGUUGAUGAAUCUUUUGAUGUAUCACGCAAGGAGCAAAUGGCGGUUGUUUUACGAUAUGUUAAUAGAAUGGGAUUUGUGAUGGAGCGACUUCUUGACAUUGUUCAUGUUAAAAAUACUAGUGCUUUAGCUUUAAAAGGUGCAAUUGUCAAUUUACUUUCUCAACAUUCCUUGAGUCUAUCUUGUGUGCGUGGACAAUGCUAUGAUGGAGCAAGUAAUAUGCAAGGUGAUAUCAAUGGCCUUAAAAUGUUGAUUAAGAAAGAAAGUAGAUCGGCUCAUUCCAUUCAUUGUUUUGCUCAUCAACUUCAAUCAACUCUUGUUGGUGUUUCAAAAAAAUGUCUUCAAGUGGGAGAACUUGUACAUUUGGUUUCGGAUAUUUUGAAUGUGUUGGCGGCUUCUUAUAAACGUAUGGAUGAAUAUCGAGAAUCUCAAAGGAAAAGAAUUCAAGAGGCUUUAGAAAAGGGCGAGCUUAAAACUGGUAGGGGCUUGCAUCAAGAACUUGGUAUUUCUAGAGCUUGUGAUACUCGUUGGGGAUCUCACUUCAAAUUUUUUAAUUGUUUUAUUCUUCAAUUUGGUACAAUAAUGGAUGUACUUGAUACUAUUGUUGAAACUGCACAUAGUUUGGAUGAAAGUGCCAGGGCAACAGGAUAUAUUAGAGCUGCUCAAACGUACGAGUACAUGCUUACAAAAAAAGAGCAAGAUAUUGCGAAUGCCAUGCGACUUGUUAAUGUGGCAAGGAUAAGGUUGCAAGAGCUAAGGGAAGAUAAAAGAUGGGAUUUGUUUGUUGCUGAGGUAUCUACGUUUUGUGUCAAGUAUAAUAUUGUGGUACCUAAUUUUGAUGAGUCGUAUGUUAACUCAGGGAGAUUUCGGCGUAAACCUGUUGAUUAUACUUUCUUGCAUCAUUAUCAUGUUGAUGUAUUUUGUAAAAUAAUUGAUUGGCAACUGCAAGAACUUAAUGAUCGUUUUGAUGAGGAGACAACUGAGUUGCUUUAUGGAGUUGCUCGUUUGAAUCCGAUAGACUCAUUUUCAAGUUUUGACAUCCAGAAAAUAAUGAGAAUGGCUAAAUUAUAUCCUGAUGACUUUGAUGAAUUUAGUAUGUGUUCUCUUGAGAAUCAGCUUGCGAAUUACAUUAUUGAUGUUCGUGAUAUUGAUAAAAGGUUCUCCGAUUUAAAUGGGCUUUGUGAUCUUUCAAAAAGACUGGUUCAGACAAAAAAGCAUUCAUGUUAUCCUCUUGUAUUUCGUUUAGUGAAAUUUGCUUUGCUUCUCCCAAUUGCCACUGCAUCCGUUGAAAGAGCUUUUUCGGCAAUGAAGUUUAUUAAGAAUGAGUUGCGGAGUCGAAUGAAUGAUGAAUUCUUGAGCGGUUGCAUGGUUCCUUUUGUGGAAAAAGAUAUGUUUAAUGAUGUUUCAACUGAUGAUAUUAUUUUGACUUUUCAAGCAAUGAAACCUCGUCGAGUAGUGCUAUAA